AUGGCUCCUCCAUCCACUAAAGCUGAAAAGAAACCCGCUUCCAAGGCCCCAGCUGAAAAGAAGCCAGCUGCUAAGAAGACUGCUUCCACCACUGAUACUAAGAAGAGAACUAAGACCAGAAAGGAAACUUACUCUUCUUAUAUUUACAAAGUCUUGAAGCAAACUCACCCUGAUACUGGUAUCUCCAGACAAGCUAUGUCUAUCAUGAACUCCUUUGUUGAUGACAUUUUUGAAAGAAUUGCUUCUGAAGCCUCAAAGUUGGCUGCUUACAACAAGAGAUCUACUAUCUCUGCCAGAGAAAUCCAAACUGCUGUUAGAUUGAUCUUGCCAGGUGAAUUGGCUAAGCACGCUGUCUCUGAAGGUACUAGAGCUGUUACCAAGUACUCUUCUGCUGCCUCUUAA